CGUAGAUUUCUUGAUUCAUAAUAAAACGAACAUAUGCCAAUAAUAAUGCUGCAUUAUCAGGUAAAGAUGACUCGUCCAGUUGUAUAGAGAAAUGGGUCUAUUGUUGCUUAAGGGAAUUCUUUUAAUGAUAUCAGAUGCAGGUUUGUGUAAAACAGUUUUUUAAAACCUCUUCAACGGCUGGCAAAAUUAACUUCUCUCCGAUAGUAUGCGGUUUUCCGGAUUUUGCUAUAAGUAACGAGAAAAUCCAGCAGCUGUAUAUUAAAAAUAUUUUUUGAUUUCUCCGAAAACAUUC